AUGGUAUUAGGUUUCUUCCCCUACUACCCCGCCGAAGGUCAGCACUCCAUCCAGCGGCACUGGAUCGACUUCAGCCCCAUCGUCGACACCACCUCACCUGCCCUCGUAUGCAACAACCCCGGCGACUACGCCGAAGAAUACGCGACUAUCGACGCCGGCGCCGAAAUCCAAGCCUACUACCCGGGCUGGCCGCAUGACAUCGGAGCCGUCGUUGUGUGGAUGGCCUACUGCGGGCCAGACGCGGGCGCGUGCUCGUCCUUCAACGGCACGGGCCGGCACUGGUUCAAGAUUGAUGAGGCGGGCCUGCUGUCGGGCGGCAUGCGCGAGGGCCUGUGGGCGCAGGGAAAGCUGAUGGCGAACAAUAACACGUGGGCCGUGACUGUGCCCGAGACGCUCAGGGGUGGGGCGUAUCUGAUGAGGCAUGAGUUGGUCGCGCUGCAUGUUCCGUUCAAGCCGGAGUUUUACCCCGAGUGUGCGCAUUUAGCCUGA